AUGACAAAUAUGUUUACUGACACUACAACAUAUGAACUUAUAAAAAAGAAUCCAAUUAAAAAACUUAUCAAAAAUACAUCAUCAAUUCUUAAAUAUUUAAAUGAAAAUGAAUUCCUUGACAAAGUUUAUCACCCGAAUCAAUUGACUUUGACUGACACUGUUUUGGCUAAAGCUUAUGGACUCCCAAAAAUACAUAAAGAAAAUGUCCCACUUCGUCCGAUUAUUUCCUUAAUAAAUAGCCCUACUCAUUUUCUCGCAAAAAUAUUGUACAACUCCUUAAAAAAUUGUAUUACUUUACCUCGGUCACACAUUAACAAUAGUUUAGAACUUAAAAACAAAUUAGACAAUGUUACUAUGGACGACAGCUACACUUUUAUCUCACUUGACGUAAGUUCCAUGUUUACAAAUGUGUCUUGUGAGUUGGUCAUUCAGAGUUUGGAUCGACGUGUUAGUUGUAUAAACCAAAAAUGUAAAAUUCCAUUCUCUGACAUUAUUGAUUUUACUAAAUUUGUAUUUAAUAAUACAUAUUUUUCUUUUGAUGGAAAAUUCUACAGACAGACAUACGGAACUCCGAUGGGUUCUCCAAUUUCACCUUUCGUCUCGGAUAUUGUAAUGGAUGAUCUGGAAACUGAAUGUUUAAAAGAGUUAAAAGAAAAACAUAAUUGUGUUCCACUUUUCUAUUAUAGGUAUGUGGAUGACACAAUUUUAGCCAUAAAAAAAGAACAUGUUGAUCUGGUCAUUGACACUUUUAACUCUUACAAUCGAAAAUUACAAUUUACUGUUGAAAAAGAAAAAGAAAAUUCUAUUAACUUUCUCGAUCUAAAGCUUAUCAGAGACAACAACAAAAUUAUUACAAAUUGGUAUCAAAAACCGAUUUCAUCAGAUAGACUCAUUAACUAUUUUUCAGAUCAUCCACUUCAACAGAAGAAGAAUAUUGUAUAUAAUCUUGUAGAUAGGGCAUUUUCAUUGUCCAAUAAAAAAUUCCAAUUUGACAACUUGAAAAAAAUUAAAAAUAUUUUAAAAAACAAUAACUAUCCUUCAGACUUCAUUGAAAAACAUAUCAAGAUUCGUGUUAAUAAAAUAAAAUUUUCUGAUGUUAAUAAUAAUAAUAACAAAACUAAUAUAUAUAGUAAAAUUCCAAAAGUUUGUUUACCUUUUAAUGAAAAAUGUUUUUUCAAGUUGUCAAAUAUCCUUAGAGAGUUUAAUUGCACGUCUAUUCCUCUUAUAAAUAAAAAUUCUAGUUCUAUCAUCAAACUAGGUAAAGAUUCGACAAAAAAAUGGGAUAGAACAAAUGUUGUAUAUAAGUUUGAUUGUAAAACCUGCCCUGCAACAUAUAUUGGCGAGACGAAACGAUCUUUACUAACUCGCAUAAACGAACAUAAAAAAGUGAAUGACAACUCUGUAGUGUACCGACAUUGUAUCAAUUUCAAUCAUGAUUUUGAUUGGGAAAAUGUGAAGGUUUUGGACAAUGAAAAAAAUUUUAUAAAACGACGAAUAUCGGAAAUGAUCCACAUAAAAACAAAUCAUUCCACUAUUAACAGAAAAGAAGAUAUUCUCACUCUAAAUAAAACGUUCUUUCCUCUUUUCAGAUGUAUAGACUCAUGUCCAUAAUGACAAAACAAUAACAUAUCUUGCUGACCACCUGUGUUUACAUAUCAGUUCAUUGACUCUUUUAGUUUUCAUAGUUUUGACUUUCUUAUCUCAGUUUCUAAUUUUAUUUCAGUUGACACUGAGUCGUUGUAGAGGAAUGUCUCCUUUUCUUCUAUAUAAUUAUAAAUUUAAUCUCUUGUGUGGAAUAUGUGUCGUGUUUUGUUUUUUAAUUUAUUUAUUUAAUUUUUAUUCUUCAUGACGAACUAAAAUAGUGUUUUUAUGUUUUAAUGAAUUAGCCUGAUGAGGUUGGCAAACCUUAGCCAACGAAACGUCGCAUUACUGACGAAA